AUGGAUAUUGUAACACUUGGAUCAAACAAUUAUAACCAUGUAGUGCCAGCGGCUCCACCUGUUUAUGCCAUACCACCACGUCCUCCAGCAGCACCCCCUGUAGUGCCGUCAUGCCGUACCACCAUCUCCAGUUGCUGCACCCCUGUAGUGCCGUCGGCUCCACCUGUUCAUGCCGUACCAUCAUCUCAAGCAGCACUCUCUGUAGUGCCGUCGGCUUCAUCUGUUCAUGCCGUACCACCAUCUCCAGUUGCUGCACCCUCUGUAGUGCCGUCGGCUCCACCUGCUCAUACCGUACCACAAUCACCAGCAGCAUCCUCUGUAGUUCCGGCGGCUCCACCUGUUCAUGCCUUACCAUCAUCUCCAGCAGCACUCUCUGUAGUGCCGUCGGCUCCAUCUAUUCAAGCCAUACCACCAUCUCCAGCAGCUGCACUCCCUCUAGUGCCGUCGGCUCCAUCUGUUCAUGCCGUACCACCACCUCCAGCAGCACCCCCUGUAAUACCGUCGGUUCCAUCUGUUCAUGGCAUACCAUCACCUCCAGCAGCUGCACUCCCUCUAGUGCCGUCGGCUCCAUCUGUUCAUGCCGUACCACCGCUUCAAGCAGCACCCCCUGUAGUGCCGUCGGCUCCACCUGUUCAUACCGGACUACCAUCUCCAGCAGCUCCACCCCCUGUAGUGCCGUCGGCUCAACCUGUUCAUGCCGUACCGCAACCUCCAGCAGCACCCCUGUAG